AUGGCCGACGUUGUGGCGGAAAUUGAGGAACUCAAAGCUCUCCCCAGUAAUCAGCACUGGUUCUGUCCGCGCACAUCCGACGACGACGCCUCCGUAUACUUCGACGAAGACAACCCCAAUGCAACUUCCCAGGAAACAGAGGCACAAAAGACGGUCAGACAAGCAAAGGUCGACGAGGCGCGGCAGUUGACCAAGAAAGUCCUGCAGGCCUGCCAGAUCCUUGCUUUCGAUGGAGAAGCCGCACUACAACUGGGGUCUGCUCUCAAGAGCUUGCUCAAACUUCAGCUCCAACGCUGCACUAUCUGUGUCCGUGAGUACCAUCGCGGAAGGCAGGAAUUGAAGCACGACCUAGAAAAGCAGUACGAUGCCGACGUGGUCGCUUCCUUCAUGCAAGUAUUUGAUCAGAUGAAUACCGAACGCAUUGCCGCCGGCCUAGACAGCGCCACCCACACCCUUCUCGAUCUCGCUCCCCAAGAACGCUCCAUCGCCAGUCUGCCCCAGGAGGAGAUGUAUGCCCUUUUCGAGUCAAUGCAUUGCACAGCAUUUCUACAGAACGAAUCUCUCCUCCAACAACACUUCGACAAACCCUUCCGUCUAGUCCAAACAAGAAAGAAGAUCACAUUACCUGAAUAUACACCAGCCCUGACUUCUUUUUUGUUCAGUCAAAACAAGGAGAGGUCUGCCUGGGCUCUCAGAGGCUGGACAAAGUUCAAGCGUCCCAUUACUGGCAUCGAGUUUGACUGGACGGUCCGCGAUACUCUGAAUGCUGCUAUGGGUCGUGUCAUUCCUGUCAACAUCGAUCGCGAAUUCUUGCCUAUCUUUUGGGAAGGCGCCAGAGUCAUCAUUGAGAAACUCGACAAGAGCCUCAUCACACAUCGUCUUCGAGCCCUGGACAUGGACAUCUACAAGCUGGCCCUCGACCAUUUUCAACUCUCAUUCGAUGGAUAUGGAAACAUUGUCGGCAGUUUCAGUGCUCUCCUGAGGAAAUCACCAGCGGACGUCUGGGAGGCACUGGCUGCCGUCCCUCCACAGGCUGUCGUGGAACAGAUCCUUAACAGCCCUUCCAUCGACAGGCCGAUGAUGACUACCGAGGAAGACAAGCCGUUACAGCUUGAAGCCCUCCUGGAAUGGGUUGACCCUUUUGUGCAGUCCAUCAAGCCUGCAAACCUGGCUCCCGCAUGUCGUGCCGUGCUACAGCAACUCAUGACAAGACUACAAUCAGACAAGUACUCGCGAUACGCGCAGACUGUUUGUUGGCACAAAGGUUUGGAGGUGAUGAACACUACGAUGGAGAUCAUGAACCGAACCAGCGCAGGUAGUGCCACUGUGGCAGACUUGCUUGAGCUCGUUCGUGUGCAUGUCUUGACGAUCUUGGAAAACCUUCACAGCUUCAAAGAUUCUCCGGCGCACUCGCGUGAGACUGAGCUUGGUCUCGAUGUUGUUCGCAAUGCUCUUUCUCUCGACUGCCAUUCCUUAGCAUCGAUACGCGACGCAAUUUUGCAACAGAAAUCUCUUGGGUUCGACCUCAACGUCUCGUCACUGGCCAUCUGGAAGGCUGCAGUGAGAAGUAUCAAGCCGGGCGAUAUCUCCCUUGCAUCAGCCAUAUUGAUCGGUGCGAGCCGUCUUAUGCUUCUGGAGCCGCUGGCCCCCAAAGAGUCUGCUAGCGCUCCAAAGCAUGCUGAGAGCUGGAACAACGGAUACCAGCGCGCUUCAACCUAUGUCACCGAGCUUUUUGAGAGGUUACAAGACUUCGAACCGAAGGAGCUCCAGGGUUUGAUGAUCAGCCCUGGUGCAUCUCAAAGUCUCUUCUAUGCGGUGUUUUCAGGUCAUGCUGACAUUCAACAGUCUGCGGCAACUGUUAUCAAGAGCAUGGCCUCCCAGGACUCGCGCAGAGAAGCUGUGAGAUACCUCAUGGAAAACCACUUCGUGGUGGCGCUCCAAUCCGUCGCCUCGACUCUUCGUGGUGUGGCUCGCAGCCACAUGUUCUCGCCAUGCAGAACUCUUCUCAAACUAGGAAGAGACGUUCUUGACUGUCUCUGCAGUACUCAAGAUGGUAUCUUGCGGUCCCGUAAGCUCGGCGCAGAAGAAGUCCAGGCCACCGAGAACACAUGGCAAGCUUUGUGGAGCGUCAUAGGGUGUAUGUUCAGAUACACGGAGCAAUGGAGUCUUGCUGGGCAUGACAAGGCCAUGAUGAUAGAAUUCUGCCGAGACGCUAUGGAUUUUGCAGACUACGCUUUCAACCAAUACAGCGUUAUCGCAGGGGCGUUGCGCGAUGCAAACGUUGCCUCUGGCGAUCACAAGACUUCUCAGGAGGUAGAACAAGGACUGCUUCAGAUGCCUAGAGAUGCCUCGGGCCAUGUCACAAAGUGGCUACGCUUAAGAGACGAGUAUCUGGUUAGCAAGGCCGUGAGCAUUACCUGCGAGAUAAUGAAGCGUCUGGAAUCGGUCGACCUGCGACUGCCUGAGGACUCUACAAUCUUUGUUGACGAUGUGUUGAAUGGUACCGUCAAGACUAAACUCAGCAUGUCUCAAAAAGCCGAGUUGCGUCGAGCCCUUGAAGCACAUAUCGGAGUAGGGAGCGAAAUUCAAGAGCAGGGUGUAGCCGAGAUCUCCAAACCUCAGAGGCAAGGCUCGCUUGCAUCCUGGGUAACGUCUGGAUCAGGUACCGCCGAUAUGGUGUCAGCAAGCAAACCAAAGAGAACGUUGGACAUGGAAACUUGGAGAGCUGCCGCUGACGAGUCUGCUCUCAAGAGGGCCAUUUCGAGCGCUUCGCCAACUGCCGAGAUGCUCAAAGCACGCGGUGACUUCGCUAAGAAGUCUGUACUGCCGACCAGAACUCCAAUCGCACAACAAGACCCAAACAAUUUCAGACUCAAACGCCAGCAAGAACAGGAAGCCAAACGCAAGAGAGAUCUUGCAGCUAUCGCUGCUGCUAAGCGAGAGGGAGGCUCAGGUCUACAAGGCAUCGGCCUUGAAGGCAAAGACCAUUCAACCAAGGGUCAGGGUGUUAUGGUUUCCUCAGAUGAGAGCAGCGAGGAUGAAGACGACCAGUUGGAUGCUGAACUGUUCGGUGUCAAACCCAGCAAGAAACGAACUAAUACUGUCAAGAGCGACGCUGCUGGUGCCAUUGGCUUGAAACGCGAACAGCGUAACCAACCUGUCAGAAUCGAGAGACGUGUCCGUUCUGCCAAGGACAUGCGCGCUCGACUUGCUCCAGACCUCGCGCCUCUACACAAGACAAUUCUGGGCUGGGACUUCUUCUACGAAGGCGACUACCCACCGAACUCGAAAGACUGGCAAUUCCANAAAGUUGCUAAUUCCUUCCGCCAUGUUGCUGAUUACCAGGAGACAUUCCGUCCAUUGCUUGUUCUCGAAGCUUGGCAAGGCUUUGUGAAGUCGAGGGAAGAAGGUUCUUUCAAGCCUUACGAGAUCAAGAUUGUAAACAGAUCCAGUGUUGACGCUUUCACCGAAAUCAGCAGCUCUGUCACUCACGCCGAGAACAAAGAGAUACAGAUUUCCGAAAGCGAUAUCAUACUGUUCUCCAUGUCCAAUAACCCCACUGCGAGUGCCGAUGCAGAUCAUUGUUUCGCCCAAGUGUACCGCACGCGCCGCCAGAAGCAACACAUCGAGGUCACGUAUCGUGUGAUGCCGGGAAGCAACAACAGCAUGAUGCCUCAUCUGUUGCCUGGCCAAGUUAUACACGGUAACAAGGUCCAGUCGAUAACGCCCUUGGAACGCGAGUACGGCGCCUUGCUUGGUCUGCAAUACUAUGACUUGUGUGAUGAAAUCACUAAAGCUAGACCGUCGCCCUUACUGGACUACACUGACAAGCAGUUGGCACCCAUCGUCAGCAAUUACACACUCAACAAAGCACAAGCCAAGGCCGUUCAGUCUGCUGUUCAGAACGAUGCCUUCACUCUGAUUCAGGGUCCACCAGGCUCUGGCAAGACCAAAACCAUUGUCGCUAUUGUGGGCGCCUUGCUCAGCGACAGCCUUUCCGACAAGCAGCUGGGCAGCAAGAUCGAGGUUCCAAGAGGAGGUGGUACUUUCCCUACAAACACGACUGUUUCAAAGAAACUCCUGGUUUGCGCGCCCAGUAACGCGGCUGUGGACGAGCUCGUGAUGAGAUUCAAGGAAGGAAUCAAGACGCUCAAAGGUGUCCAUCGAAAGGUGAACGUCGUCCGUGUCGGUCGCAGCGAUGCUGUCAACAGCUCUGUUGUCGAUGUGACGAUGGAAGAACUCGUCAAUAAACGCUUAGGUUCUACCAACAAUGAUAAGCAGGCAAGGGAACAGACUCAGCAACUUAUGAAAGAGCAUCAGAAUGUGUCUGAACAAGUUCGAUUGACUCGUUCAAAACUGGAUAGCGGCGAGGUCAAGGGCAAAGAGCUCUCACAACUCCAAGAUCAGUUCAAUGCUCUUCGAAACCGCAAGACCAAAUUGGGAACUCAGAUCGACAACGCCAAAGACAACGAAAACUCGGCUGGUCGAGCGGCAGAACUGAACCGUAAAAGAGUACAACAGUCUAUUCUGGAUGAUGCUCACAUCAUUUGCGCCACCCUCAGUGGUAGUGGCCAUGACAUGUUCCAGAGUUUGAACAUUGAGUUCGAGACUGUCGUAGUUGACGAAGCCGCUCAAUGCGUUGAGAUGAGCGCUCUGAUCCCUUUGAAGUACGGAUGUGCCAAGUGUAUUCUCGUCGGAGAUCCCAGACAAUUGCCUCCCACGGUCUUCUCCAAAGCCGCUUCUGCCAACAAAUAUGAGCAAAGUCUGUUCGUCCGAAUGCAGAAUAACCACCCAGAAGCGGUGCACCUACUGGACACUCAAUACCGCAUGCACCCCGACAUCAGUGCCUUUCCUAGCGCAGCUUUCUAUGAAGGACGUCUGUUGGACGGCGAUAACAUGGCAGGCCUUCGGAAACAGACUUGGCACGCCAGCGACUUACUUGCGCCAUACCGGUUCUUCGACGUUCAAGGUCAGCACCAAGCCGCACCUAAAGGACACUCUCUUAUCAAUCUUGCGGAAAUCGAGAUUGCCAUGCUUCUUUACGAGAGGCUCAUCAGUGACUAUCGCGACUACGAUUUCAAGAACAAGAUUGGAAUUAUCACGCCUUACAAGUCUCAGCUAAGAGAACUGAAGCAACGAUUCUCUGCUCAUUAUGGUUCAGAGAUUACGGAAAGCAUCGAGUUCAAUACCACAGACGCUUUCCAGGGUCGUGAGAGCGAGAUCAUCAUCUUCUCUUGCGUUCGUGCAUCAGCCACAGGUAGCGUUGGAUUCCUCGCUGACGUACGUCGCUUGAACGUUGGUAUAACUCGUGCAAAAUCCAGUCUAUGGAUUCUUGGUAACUCAGACAGUUUGAUGAGGGGUGUGGUCUGGAAGACGCUCCUGGACGAUGCUCGGGCUCGCAAUAGCUACAUAACAGGCAACCUUAAAGGGAUGCUCGGAGCACACUCUUCAAGUUUCCCCGCCAAGACACAUUCUCUGACCAAGCACUCCAAGGCGUCUGUCUCAAGCUUCAACGAAGUCGUCAAGCAGAAUGGAAACAUCGGAGCUACUGUCAACAAAGUGCAGGGCAAUGGUACCAGAACCAGGAAGGAUGUCGAUGGUCAGAAGGUCAAAAAGGAAGACGAUGUUCAAGCCAUGGAAGGCGUUCGCGUCAAGUUGGAGGAUAAGCUUGCCAGCGUGCGCACAAAAAAGGGCGACGAGGAUGUAGAGAUGGCUGAUGCAGACUCCGUUCGAAGCAGCGCUUCCACGCCAACAGUAAACAGUGGACCUGUUUCUGCUUCGGCAUCUGUUGCAUCAGGACCGCCGGCUGCCAAGCCAAAAACAUAUCUACUACCAACUACGACCGCCCCUCAGAUCAUUCGCAAGAGGAAGAAACCCGCGGACCCUUUCCUACCUCAGCCCAGCAGAAAGCCGAGGAAGGGUUGA